AGUGGUUUGUCUUUGUCCCACAUUCGUAUCUUCGUAUCAUUCAAUAUGUGGCCACUGACUACUGACUCAGGCUCAAAACACACUAUAGAGAGGCGUUACCCUAGCAACCUGCUCGUGGCGGCGGCCUGGGCAGCCUCGUCCCUCUCAUGGUGGUGAUGGCGCUGCUCAACUGCCUACAACGACCAGAGGACCCGGGAGGGUUUGCCCAGGCACAUGGCGACGCGGCCACAACAGCGGUCCUCUUCUGGGAGAACAAAUGCCGCAUGGUGCUCAAGGAGCUUGACGCCGCCCACGUCGUGUCGCAGGUCAUGGUCAGGGACUACACUACCGCACACGCGCAGGCGCAGCACGCGCUGCGCGAAAAGGAGCGCGAGUCGGAAGAGUGGCAGCAGAAGCUGGCGCGCGCUCAGUCCAAGAUUGAGAGCCUGGAGGCCGAGCGAGAGCGGUGGCUCGAGGACAAGGCACACGGGCGCAAGCAGCUCCAUGAAAGCGAACAGCAGUGGAAGAGUGAAAAGGGGAACUUACAGAGGGAGGUCAGUUUCGUCGACCAGAGUCUUGUGAGGCGGGGGUCCACGAGAGGUCCUGACGACGCCCCCCACCCCAG